AUGGCAUCUGCUCAGUGGCCCUGCCUCAUCUUGGCCCUGUUCUCAGUCUUGGUGGCCUCUGGUUUCCCAAGAAGCCAUGCCCGGCUACUUGAGAAACGGAGCCUCCUGGAAGGGGAGGUCAACGGCAUUGACGUCUACAGCACCAAGAUCAGCUGCAAGGUGACCUCCCGCUUUGCUCACAAUGUCGUUACCACAAGGGCUGUCAACCGGGCAGAUACUGCCAAGGAAGUUUCCUUUGAUGUGGAGUUACCCAAAACAGCCUUCAUCACCAACUUCACCUUGACUAUCGAUGGUGUUACGUACCCUGGGAACGUCAAGGAGAAGGAAGUUGCCAAGAAGCAGUAUGAAAAGGCCGUGUCCCAGGGCAAGACAGCUGGCUUGGUCAAGGCCUCUGGGCGGAAGCUGGAAAAAUUCACGGUCUCAGUCAAUGUGGCCGCAGGCAGCGAGAUUACCUUUGAGCUAACCUAUGAGGAGUUGCUGAAGAGGCACAAGGGCAAGUAUGAGAUGUACCUCAAGGUCCAGCCUAAGCAACUGGUCAAGCACUUUGAGAUUGAGGCAGACAUCUUCGAGCCCCAGGGCAUCAGCACGCUGGACGCUGAGGCCUCAUUCAUCACCAAUGACCUCCUGGGCAGUGCUCUCACCAAGUCCUUCUCAGGGAAAAAGGGCCACGUGUCCUUCAAGCCCAGCUUGGACCAACAGCGUUCAUGCCCGACCUGUACAGACUCCCUCCUCAAUGGAGAUUUCACCAUCACCUACGAUGUGAACAGAGAGUCUCCAGCCAAUGUGCAGAUAGUCAAUGGCUACUUUGUGCACUUCUUUGCACCUCAAGGCCUUCCUACGGUGCCUAAGAAUGUGGUCUUCGUGAUUGAUAUCAGCGGCUCCAUGCAUGGUCGGAAAAUGGAGCAGACAAAAGAUGCCCUCCUCAAAAUCCUGGAUGAUGUGAAAGAAGAAGACUACCUGAAUUUCAUCCUGUUCAGUGGAGAUGUGAUCACUUGGAAAGACAAUUUAGUUCAAGCCACUCCUGAGAACAUUCAGGAGGCCAGGACAUUUGUGAGGAAUAUUCAAGAUCAAGGAAUGACCAACAUCAAUGACGGGCUGCUGAGAGGCAUCAGCAUGCUGAACAAGGCCCGGGAGGAACACAGAGUUCCGGAGAGGAGCACCUCCAUCAUCAUCAUGCUGACCGAUGGGGACGCCAACACUGGUGAAAGCAGACCCCCCAAAAUCCAGGAGAACGUGCGGAACGCCAUCGGGGGCAAGUUCCCCUUAUAUAACCUGGGCUUCGGCGACAAUUUGAAUUUUAACUUCCUGGAAAGCAUGGCCCUAGAGAACCAUGGGAUUGCCCGGCGCAUUUAUGAGGAUUCCGACGCCAACUUGCAGUUGCAGGGCUUCUAUGAGGAGGUGGCCAACCCGCUGCUGACAAGUGUGGAGGUGGAGUAUCCUGAGAAUGCCAUCCUGGAUCUCACCAAGAACACUUACCAGCACUUCUAUGAUGGCUCUGAGAUUGUGGUGGCCGGGCGCCUGGUGGACAAGGACAUGAAUAAUUUUAAGGCGGAUGUGAAGGGCCAUGGGGCCAUCAAUGACCUGACCUUCACAGAGGAGGUGGACAUGAUGGAGAUGGAGAAGGCCCUGCAGAAGCAGGACUACAUUUUUGGGAACUACAUCGAGCGACUCUGGGCCUACCUCACCAUUGAGCAGCUGCUAGAGAAACGCAAAAAUGCUCUUGGCGAUGAGAAGGAGAACCUCACGGCCCAGGCCCUGGACCUGUCUCUCAAGUACCACUUUGUGACUCCACUGACCUCCAUGGUGGUGACCAAGCCUGAGGACAAUGAGAACCAGAUGGCCAUUGCCGACAAGCCUGGGGAAGGUGGGCAUGGGGACUCAGCUCUCUCUUCCUUUGCGUCCACAGACAGCUACCAGAGUCCUCUAACACCCUACUACUACGUGGAUGGGGACCCCCACUUCAUCAUCCAAGUCCCAGAGAAAGAUGACGCCAUCUGCUUCAACAUUGAUGAAGAGCCAGGCACAGUGCUGAGCCUCAUUGAGGACCCCAUCACAGGCUUCACGGUUAAUGGGCAGAUCAUUGGUGACAAGAGAGGCAGCCCCAACUCUGAGACCAGAAAGACUUACUUUGGCAAACUGGGCAUUGCCAACACUCAGAUGGACUUCUGGAUUGAGGUGACAACAGAGAAGAUUACCUUGUGGAAUGCAGCUGCACAGAGCACUUUCAGCUGGCUGGACACAGUCACAGUCACACAAGAUGGGCUGUCCGUGACGAUCAACAGGAAGAAGAACAUCGUUGUGUCCUUUGGAGAUGGGGUUACCUUUGUGGUUGUCCUGCACCAGGUGUGGAAGAAACAUCCUGUCCACCAGGACUUUCUGGGCUUCUAUGUGGUGGAUAGUCACCGGAUGUCAGCACAGACACAUGGACUGCUGGGACAAUUCUUCCAUCCCUUUGACUUUAAAGUGUCUGACAUCCACUCAGGCUCUGACCCUGCAAAGCCACAUGCCACAAUGGUGGUGAAGAACCAUCGGCUGACAGUCACCAGGGGCUCCCAGAAAGACUAUAGGAAGGAUGUCAGCAUCGGCACAAAGGUUGACUGCUGGUUUGUCCACAACAACGGCCAAGGGCUGAUUGACGGUGUCCACAGUGACUACAUUGUCCCCGACCUGUUCUGA